AUGCAGCUUCAACUGCACGUGCGAACACUGGCGUACGAAACAUGUGUGCUGACAGUCAGUGAGAACGACUUCGCCGAGAUAGUGUUCAAGCAGUUGGAGAUCAAGUACGGCAUCCCCUCCGCACAACAACGCGUUCUCUACGAAGGCUAUGACGGAUCUACUGCCGAUCUGCAGCGCGGCCGCAGGCUGAAGGAGUUCAAGCUGGCGCCCCAAGUUCGCCUCAUCCUGGCAAAGGUGUUGCCAGCGAAGCCGAAGACGGUCGCCCCGGACCUCAGCUCCGAGUGGCAGCCGUCCAGGCGGAGGGCCAAGGCACGAGGGCCUCGCCACUGUGUGAACCGCUUGCCACCUCGUCCUCGAAAGCCUGCGCCGACAUUGAAGGAGGUGCAAGAGUCAUUGCGAGCAUCGGAGGUCCGGGUCUCUCAGGAGCGUAAGGCCAGCCCUGCGAAACAGCCUCGCGAGGUUCCCUCAUCUCCUACACCGCCGAACCGGCCAGUGCCGCGUGUAAAUAACAACGUCGAGGAGACAGGUGUCAAAGUUCAGUCGAAGACAUCCGGCGCAUCUGCGAAAGCACCCUCGCAGGCGCCGCUGCCCAAGGGAGGCGCUUCAGCGAAUGCAGCUCCAUGGGCUGCGCCACGCGCUGCCCCAACACAGCCGUCCCACUCAUGGUCACCGCCGAUCACAGGUUCUGGCGUCUGCACGCCGAAGGCGCCUCCCGAUGUGCCUGGCAUGAUGGAGCCGCCGACCAGCUCCGGCCGGACCGUGAGGGCAGCUACUCCCGGCGCUCCUCCUGUCACAUCGACUCCAUUCCCUGGUUCCGGAUCUGCGACUAACAACAACCCAGGUGUGACGAGGAUACGGAGGUGCGACUUACAACGCAUUGGCCGACUCGGCGUCGGCGCAUUCGGUCUGGUAACGCUCGAGGCUGAUCGAAGAACAGGAAGAACAUAUGCUUUGAAAGCCGUCUCCAAGGGAUACCUGGCGCAUCUGCGGAUGGAGUAUUCCGUCCUCAAUGAGAAGAGGAUUCUCAAGAUGCUGGACACGCCGUUCGUUGUGCGACUGCUGGCAACGUACAGUGGCAGAGAGCACGUCUACUUCCUUCUCGAGGCUGCGCUUGGCGGAGAGCUUUUCACCACGUAUGAGCGCCUCAAGCUCUAUGGCUCCGAAACGCAUGCUCGCUUCUACGUCUCCUGCGUCACGGAGGCAUUGACCCAUCUUCACGGGAAGAACGUGAUCUACCGGGACCUGAAGCCUGAGAACCUGCUGCUGGAUAAUCGAGGCUUCUGCAAGGUGACUGACAUGGGACUGGCGAAAGUUGCGACCAGCCCGACCUUUACGAUGGUUGGCACUCCGGACUACAUGGCACCGGAGGUCAUUGAGCAGGUCGGACACACCAAGUCCGUUGAUUGGUGGACACUCGGAGUGCUGCUCUUCGAGCUUCUGGCAGGACACGCACCGUUCGAGUCCAAAUCCGGCAAUGCACAGGAGACCUACGGCCUCGUGAAGAAGGGUAUCGAGUCAGUGCGAUUUCCGGAAGCAGUCAAGAUUGAAGCCGGCCAGCUGGUGCGAAAUUUGUGCCACAGGAACCCAGAUGUGCGUUUGCGCACACCGCAGCUCCGGGACAACGUCUUCUUCCGCGGCUUUGACUGGAAAGGACUGCAAAGUCUCCGAAUCAGCCCUCCACUGGUUCCCCAGGUCCGAGGGCCGCGAGACCUGACCAACUUCCGUGACUGCGAGCACGAAGACCCCCAAGCCAUGCCAUACCAGGACACUGGCAGUGGCUGGGAUAUCGGCUUCGAGGACGACGUUCUCAGCGUUGGAGCCACUGCCGCGGCAGCCGCUGCUCCCAUGCUGCAGUCAGCUGUGGCUUUGGGCGGUUCGACGCCAUCGGGAACUCCUCAACGUCUUCCUGCGACAGCCAGCACCGCAUCCAGUCCAAGCGGCUACAGGGCGGCUGCUGUGGGUGCCUCUCCGCAAGCAACGCACACGCAGCAGCGACGCCUGCUUAGCCCCCCAUGCUCCCCGCGCAGCGCAGCGCAGCGGCCACAGACCGCAAGGGUGCAGGGGGGCGUCGCCAAUGCGGCUCGGAAUGCAUGGCAGGCGCAUGCCGACAGGAAAAUGGCCACCGGUGCAGGGAGCUUCGUCCCGCCUAUCAUUCGUUCUGGCGGUGGCAUGCAGUCACCGCCAUCAAGUCCUGUGCUGGGAGGAGGAUGA